AUGGCGUUACUGGUUGACAAACAUCAUCCGAGGUCUCUUGAUCAGCUAACUUUCCACAAAGAUCUCUCCGACCGAUUACGAGCAUUGGCUCAAAGUGGAGACUUUCCUCACCUUCUGGUCUUCGGACCAUCUGGCGCCGGUAAAAAAACACGAAUAAUCGCCACACUAAAAGAACUUUAUGGACCGGGUGUAGAAAAGAUAAAGAUUGAUUCCCGCACCUUUCAAACUACAUCAAAUCGAAAGCUUGAAUUCAACAUCGUUGCCUCAGUCUACCAUCUCGAGAUAACGCCCUCAGAUGUAGGGAAUUAUGAUCGAGUUGUAGUUCAGGACUUACUCAAAGAGGUUGCCCAAACUCAGCAGGUUGAUCAAAAUGCCAAACAAAAGUUCAAAGUAGUUGUUAUAAAUGAAGCCGAUCAACUAACAAGAGACGCACAAGCUGCUUUACGGCGUACAAUGGAGAAAUACAGUCCAAAUUUACGGCUAAUACUGCUAGCAAAUAGCACAUCCAAUAUAAUAGCCCCUAUCCGUAGUCGAACCCUUCUUAUCCGGGUAGCCGCUCCCACGGAACAAGAGAUCUGCGAUGUAUUGGAGAGAAGUGGAGGAAAAGAAGGCUGGCCACACCUUCCAGAGCUAAACAAGAGAGUUGCAAAAGAAAGCGGCAGGAAUCUGCGAAGAGCGUUGUUAAUGUACGAAGCAAUUUACGCUCAAAAUGAGAGAGUGACGGAGAACACUGCAAUUCCGCCUCCUGAUUGGGAAGCCCUCAUUAAUGAGGUCGCUAGAGAAAUCGUGGAAGAUCACUCGCCUGCCCGUAUAUUACUCGUUCGCGCAAAGCUUUACGACCUCCUCACGCAUUGUAUCCCCCCAAGCACUAUUCUCAAGACAUUGACGUUCAACCUAAUACCUAUGGUAGACGCUGACUUGAAAGCCGAAGUGAUCAAAUGGGCAGCCUUUUACGAACAUCGGAUUUGUAUGGGAACAAAGGUUAUCUUUCACCUCGAGGCAUUCGUGGCGAAGUUUAUGCGCAUUUCGGAAGAGUUUAUCAUGAAUACUGAAUUUUGA